AUGAUGAAGACCUCACAGAGAAAGCAUCGUGAUGGGGGGAAACAAGGCAAACCAGAGCCUAGUUUAAACAUCUCGAUCCCGCUGAGAAUGUCCAGUUACAUAUUCAAGAGACCAGUUACUAGAAUCACACCCCAUCCUGGCAAUGAGGUCAGAUGCCAUCACUGGGAGGAGACCUUGGACAGCCCCCAGCAGCUGUACUGGCACAAGAGGCUGCAAGGACUGCAGGCCUGCAGCAGCACAGGGGAACUGUUAAGCCCCUUGGAUCUUGCCAAAGCCCUGCAGAAACUUGCGCCUCGUUGCACAGAUGAGUCCCUGCUGGGGCUGCCUGCAGGUGGCCCCAACUCUGGCCCUGUGGCCACCCCUGUCCGGUCCACGGAUUUGCCAGAGACAAUUCCAGGAGCUAGCCUGGACCACCCACAGCUCCACUGCAGACGAUGCCUGGUCACUGAAGAGGACAUCAGGAACCAGGAAAGGAAUGUGAAGACAGCGAGGGAGAGACUGGCCAUAGCCCUGACUGCAGACCGGCUGGCGGGCGAGGCAGAGAAAGCAAGGGGCCAAGAGGGGCAUCCUGACAAACACUGUGGGAAAGAAGUCAGGAUGGUGCAGAUGAAGCUGCACACGAUGCUUUAUUAGUGACUC